AUGUCUCCAUCUCUACCAGAAUCGUAUGCGACCCUACCAACCGAGCACAUCAAGCUCUCCCAUGUCCCAGCAUCAUCGCCGACACCUACACCGGUAUUGCUGCUUACAUUGCACCGGCCGGAGAAGCUCAAUGCCUACACGGAGCAAAUGUCCAGAGAAAUAGCUUCAGUGUUCGGGAUGGUUGAUAUUGAUGACCGUGUGAAAGCCGUUGUGAUGACGGGCUCCGGCGACAAGGCGUUCUGCGCCGGUGCAGAUUUAGACAUUGGUUUCAAAGGAAUGGGGACCGGAGGUGCCGCUGCCAGGGAAAAGGACCACAGAGACGGAAUAACCCUGGCAAUACAUAACUGCCGAAAACCAACUAUAGCAGCCAUCAACGGAUCCGCCGUUGGUAUUGGUAUCACCAUGACGCUACCAGCAACCAUCCGCGUGGCUACCGCAAAGGCAAAAAUCGGCUUUGUAUUUUCCCGCCGUGGGAUUAUCAUGGAAGCCGUGUCCUCAUUUUUCCUACCAAGGCUUAUCGGCUACUCUCGUGCCCUGCACGUCGCUACCACUGGUCUAGCAUACCCAGCUGAACAUCCUUUACUGAAGGACUUAUUCUCAGAGCUCCUACCUACGCCAGAAGCUACACUGGCUAGAGCUCUCGAGAUAGCUGAUGAUAUUGCACGUAAUACGUCGACGAUAUCAACCUCGUUGAUGAGAGAUCUCAUGUAUCGUGGCCCAGACAGCGCAGAGGCAACGCAUCUGCUUGAUUCUUCCCUUAUCUAUCCCCUCUUUGGUAACAGAGACAACGAAGAAGGGGUAAAAAGCUUCUUCGAAAAGAGAAGCCCACAGUUCAAAGGGUCAUUCAACAACCCGAAAGAUGUCCCUGCUGCGUAUCCCUGGUGGAACCAAGUUGACGUCUCCCCACCAAAGCUCGCUUCGAAAUUAUAA